AUGCGGCGGUGGGUUUGGAGGAGAGAGAAGGGAUCAUACAGUUAUAGUUAUGGUACUCUGGAAAACCUGCCAAUAAUGAAAUUAGUUUUGGGAAGCUUGACUGUGUUGGAAAAUGUGGAGGGGCUGGUGGUGGUGGAAGCCACCAUAAGAAUAAAAAAGAGAAGAAGCGCUAUCAAGGCGGUCGCGAUGGUGGAGGUGGAUUUGGGGGAGGCAUUGGUAAAGGAAUUGGUGGAGGAUCUGGGUUUGAAAUGGGUUGUGGGAUGCGAGGAAAAGGUAGAUGGGAGGACGAAGCGGAGUAGAGUGGUCUUAGCAGUCCGCCCAAUUUCGGGGGGAAGGGGCGUCAAUGUUGGCAUUGGAAAAGGUGGGGGUGCUGGUGGCGGCAUUGGCAAAGGAAGGGAUAUUGGUGACGGUGCUGGUGGGGGCAGUGGAAAGGAAGAGAGUGCUAGUGAAGGCAUUGGUGGUGGUGGUGUAGGUGGAGGCUUUGGUGAUGGUGGUGGUAGGGGAAUUGGUUGUUGUUUUGGUGGCUGGAUUGGUGGUGAUGCAGGUGGCGGCAUGGAUGGUGGGGCUGGUGGUGGCUUUGGAGGUGGUGACAGUGGUGGGGGCUUUGGCGGUGGUGCUGAUGCUAGUCAAGGAGGUUUUGGUGAGGGGUGGAGUUGGGGGGAGGAUUUGGUGGCUGUGCUGGUAGAGGAUUUUGAUGGUGGUGUUGGAGGUGGAAGAUGA